AUGGCGCUGGGCACCAAGGCUCUAAAGGAGCUGGCACGGAGUCUAGACGCCGCGAGGGAUUGCCUGCGGGACUCGGCGGGCGGCGAUGACACCCCAGCAGUCGAUGAGCUGGGGGCCUACAGAGAGGGGCAACUGCUGAAGAAGCAACUGCUGGAGGCGCGCGCUUCCAGGCUCUGCCGCUUCCUGGAGCUGACCGGCGGUUCAGGCUGCACCCCACGCGCCGCCACCAGCGGUGUUAGCAGCGGCGGCGGCGGCGGCGGCGGCGGGGGUGCCCACUGGGGCGCGCAAUCAAAAGGCCAGACCCCGGCGGUGCGGCGCCGGCUGGGCUCGCUGGACGAUUCUGCUGAGGAGGCGGACAGCAGCCCCCGCGGCGGCCGCAAGGCAGCACACUGGCACUCUCCAGUGUCAGUCCUGGAGGGUGCCGGGGCGUGCUUUGAUGCAUGCAGCACGCCCGGCAGCAGCCGCUCCGAUGAUUCCGAGCAGGCGGCGGCCAGCCUGCCGCUCACCCCCGUGCCGUGCGCGCUCGACGACCGGCAGCAGGCGGCAGCAGGCAGGGCCACCAAGCCGCCGCCGCCGCCGCCGCCCAUGCCGCCGCCGCCGGGCGUGGUGCGGCUGGGGGGCAAGUGGAAAGGCAGCCGCGGCGCCGCCACCUCCUCCGCCCCCGCUGCCUGGAGCAGCUCGCAAGGCGCCACCGGCACCCCCACCGCCGCCGCCAGCGGGCCAGCCAAGCCUGCCCUGCCUGGCGGCGCGCUGCCAGCCCACCUGGCGGCGCCGGCGCCCAAAGAGGGCGUGCAGCGGCGGCCCAUCCAUCUGGACGGUGUGUAUGCCAAGAACGCGCGGGGCAGCCUGUGGGAGCAGCCGCCGCCGGGACAGGAGGCGGCAGACCCUGCAGCGGCGGUGCGGGUGGGGGCGCUGGACCGCCUGUUUGCCAAGCAGCUGGCGGUGGCAGCAGAGGAGGAGGGCAGCGCGGCCGGCAGCAGCCCCGCAGCCUCCCCGCAGCGCCCCUCGGCGCCUGGGGCCAGGCAGGAGCCUGGCGGCCUGGAGCGUGCGCUGUCCGGCAGCGGCGGCAGCGAGGCGGGCGGCACGUGCGGCAGCCCGGGGGCCGCCAGCCUGGCCAGCCGCGGCAGCCUGUCGCUGGGCAGGCAACGCCCCAUCAUCCGCCUGUUCACGGGGGGCAGGAAGGCGGUGAACAUCGAGAUCCUGAUGCGCAAGCUGCCGGCUGACGUGGCGCAGGCCGUCGCUGAGCUGGACACCAGCCGCCUGCAGGUGGCGGUGCUGCGGGAGCUCCAGGCCAACCUGCCCGACGCCGCGGAGCUGGAGGCGCUCCACUCCUACCUGGACGCCGGCGGCGACCCCUGCCAGCUGGGCAGGGCAGAGCAGCUGUUUGUGGCGCUUCGCGGCACGGCGCGGCUGCAGCAGAAGCUGCAGGUGCUCAUCUUCAAGGGCGGCCUGCAGGAGCAGGCGGGCGAGGUGACGGAGCCUCUGGCGCGCAUCGUGGCUGCGCUGGACCAGCUGCGCGCCAGCCCCGCGCUGCGCCUGCUGCUGCACACCGCGCUGCGCCUGGGCAACACGCUGAACGCGGGGCGCAAGGCGCCGCAGCGCGGCAUCCGCCUCGCCUCGCUGCGCAAGUUGGCCGACACUCGGUCCAUGGAUGGCAGCACCACGCUGAUGCACUACCUGGUGGCCCUGCUGCUGGAGGAGGCGCCAGGGGCGCUGCUGCUGGGCAAGCCGGGCAGCCAGUGCGAGGCGGUGCCCGCGGCGCGGCACUGGACGUUUGCAGAACUGGAGAGUCAGCUGGGGAGCCUGAGCGCCGGUAUCGACAUGGUGCGGCAGGAGCAGCGGGCGGCACGCGGCGGCGAGCAGCGGCAGCUGGCGGCCCUGGCGGGGCAGGCCAGCGCGCUGGUGCAGCGCGCGCAGCAGCUGCUGGCAGCGGCGCGGCAGAAGGCGGCCGACACGCUGCGCUUUUUGGGAGAGGAUGUGGCUGCGGAGCCGGCGCUCAGCACGGCAGAGCCCCGCCGCAUGCUGGGAGACCUGGCGGACUUCUUUGCCCUGCUGCAUCGCGCGGCACACGCCGACGCGGAGCGGCUGACUGUGGUGCUGGACACCAUGCAGCGGCAGCGGGACGAGGAGGAGGCGGAGCGGCGGCGGCGGGAGGAGGAGGCCGAGGAGGAGGAGCGGCGGCGGCAGUCAGAGGAGGCUGAGGGUGACAGCGAGGAGGUGGAGGGGCAGCAAGGCGGCGCCGAGCGGGCGGAGCGGCCGAGUGCGCCAGCGGCCCUCUCCAGUUGCUCGGAUGCCGCAGCUUAG